GAUUGGCUGUGCCUCAGUUCCCAACACUCCUAGGAUGAAGCGUUUGGCAAGUGUCAAAGAACCAAAAAUUAAAGAGAAUCAACUCGUUUCUCUCUCCACGCAUGUGACUGCCCGCACUUCCCUGUGUUUUCCCUAAAAGGCGAGAAAUCUUGCAUUAGGUCGCAACGCGGCAGAGGCGUCGGUUUCGUCCUGCCUCCCAGCGGUGUCUUUGUUCCAAAGGAUCUGUGCAAAACUCCCUGUUCGGGUUACGUCAACCAAUUUCUUUCCCUUGGUCUCCGAACAGAAGGCAAUUCGACUGCCUCUCCUCCUGUUACAUCAAAGUGGAAAAUUAAUGUCCUUCCUCCCUGGGAGCACAUACUCCAUAGGUGGGAGGUGUGAGUUGGGCCGCUCUCCCAAUCGCAUUUUUGCUUGGGGAAAGGAUGAUAUUUCUGGUCACCACUUAACACAGCUUCAUGUGUUGCGUUCGUUCCUAAUGCUACCAGCAUCGGCAAACUUCCCCAGUCCCUCCUGCGUUUUUCGAGAUGCAAGUUGGUGUUGUUGUAACAGCGCCUUUUUGGGGUUCCAGCUGCAAGAUCAGGGUCUGCGAUUGAGGCAAACAGGUGUUUAGCCUACGCUUGUUCUAUCGUCAACUUUGUGUUCCGAAUAAGAGCCGACGCUGAGUGGGGUUUGGCCAUAACCCGUCGCGGUGUAGGGUCCUGCAGACGUGGGGGGACCGCGCAUGCAGACGCCGCGAAACGAAAAUUGCGGGGUGAUCGUGGAUCCCGUGAUUUUUCCUCUCCGCACGACCGCCUCGACGGACUUUUUCAGAACAUUCUUCUGAAAGAGGGAGGGGCUGGACUCUACAGAACCUCAAGUUCUUGGUUUUUUCUGGGUAAAAAAGAUGUCCCACCGGAAGUUUGAGCGCCCUCGCCACGGCUCCCUGGGUUUCCUGCCCAGGAAGCGAUGCAAGCGUCAUAGAGGAAAAGUAAAGGCCUUCCCUAAGGAUGACCCGUCCAAGCCCCCCCACCUCACAGCCUUCAUGGGCUAUAAGGCUGGCAUGACCCACGUCGUCCGCGAGCUCGACAAACCCGGCUCAAAGCUCCACAAGAAGGAGAUCGUCGAGGCCGUGACUGUCGUGGACACGCCGCCCAUGGUUUGCGUCGGUGUCGUUGGCUACAUCGAGACGCCGCGUGGCCUGCGUGCGCUCGUCACUGUCUGGGCAGGACACUUGUCAGAUGAGUGCAAGCGCCGCUUCUACAAGAACUGGUACAAAAGCAAGAGAAAGGCGUUCACCAAAUACGCCAAACGCUACGGAGACAACAACAAGAUGGAGGCGGAGCUGACCCGCAUGAAGAACUACUGCUCGGUCAUUCGUGCCAUCUGCCACACCCAGCCGUCCAAGACCCCCAUAGGCUCCAAGAAGGCCCACGUUAUGGAGAUCCAGGUCAAUGGAGGAUCCAUUGCGGAGAAAGUUGACUUCUGCACAAAGAUGUUCGAGACAGCCGUGCCCGUCAAGGCCGUCUUCACUGAGGGCGAGAUGAUCGACGUUAUUGGUGUCACUAAGGGUCACGGAGUGAAGGGUGUCGUGUCUCGUUGGGGUGUGACGCGUCUGCCGCGCAAGACCCAUCGUGGUCUUCGCAAGAUCGCGUGUAUCGGAGCGUGGCAUCCGGCGCGUGUCCAGUUCCAAGUGCCGCGUCACGGUCAGAAGGGUUACUUCCACCGCACGGAGAUGAACAAGAAGGUGUACCGCGUCGGCAACGGAGCAGACCCGCGGAAUGCAACCACGGAGUCGGAUCUCACGGAGAAGCGCAUUACGCCCAUGGGCGGCUUCCCGCACUACGGCACGGUCAACAACGACUUUUUGCUCCUCAAGGGCUGCAUCGUCGGCUGCAAGAAGCGCCCGAUCACGUUCAGAAAGACCCUGGUCCCGCGCACGACACGUCGGGCGCUCGAGCCGGUCAACCUCAAGUUCAUCGACACCUCCGCCAAGUGGGGCCACGGCCGCUUCCAGACUUCGGAGGAGAAGGCCAAGUUCUACGGUCCGCUCAAGAGCCGUGCCGCCGCCAUGUAAGCGUUUCUUGGUGGAAAUGUGGGCUGGGAUAUGUGCGCGGCAUUUCGCUUCUCGGAGCGCCGUUCUGGUGCCGCUUUGCGGCUGCAGGGGGCGUUCGGUUGGGUGGCUGACUGCUGGACCGCCUAGCGACAUGCGGGGGGAGCGUGGCUCUGCGUCGUGGACAUAUGAGUGAUUGGGGAGAGAAGGACGGAGCUCACAGCCGCGGCUCUGACUCCCCUGUUCUGUGUCACGAAAAGAACUACAGAGGUUUUGGUGGAGUGGAAAUGAAGACUCUGGUGGACAACACACUGAGACUUCUGCGAGUGCUCACCAGCGCGACGCACUUCCGUAGGCGCCUACGGGAAUUGCAUGUCUGCACAAACUCCCGAAACUUCGAUCCAACCUGUGCUGAUAGGUCGGCCCUGUCUCACCGCACAAAAAUCUGCGUAUACGCAUGAGGAAUAUUUUUUUCACGUUGCUUCAUUAAUAGGAACAGACAGCAGUCUUCACGUUGAUAGAUUAUUUAGCGUGGUUUGGGAUUCAACAAGUCACGUAUACGGCUCCGCUUUUGCAUGAACGCGUGUUGUGAUAUCAGUGCAUCUUUAUGUCCGUUACCGUUUAUGAGACUGAUCUGUAUACGUUGUGUUGGCGGUGUGAUGGUGGUAUUGUUGGAAGACGCUCGCAUGUGAUGAAACCACAGAUAAAAGAGCUCUCCGAACAACUUGUGUGGAGACAACUCUAACAUGCACUACCAUCUGAGGGCGAGCUUCCUUCAGUGUGUUGGUCGUGAAGAUCACUAGAAAACAGUUCCCCUGGUUUAGCGGCUGUUUGUUCACAUGUUUCUCAUGGACACCGUUUGUGGCGUUGCCGUGUUUCGGUUUGUUUACUAGUGUGUGUGUUCCAUUGUGUGGCGUGCGUCUCCCACGUUAUUCAUGGUGUGGUGCCCAUUAGUAGAGGUGAGAAACGCGGCCAGCUGUCACGGUCUUCGUUUCCUUCCGUAUCCUUCCGUGAUGAUACCACCCAGCUCGCCGACUAUCGUUGACGAGAACUAGUAACCGACACAAACUUGGCUGAUUGGAAGGAUGACUGAUAUCACCAAAGCCGCCUCUGCUGCUUAUGUGGUGUCUGGUAGUGCGUAAAAUGUGAACCGCUGGACACCAAAUUUAUCCUGUCAAAUCAGCUUAGUCAUGGGAACGUCCAAUGCAUGCACGCCGUGUUCUCAAUGUCCAGUAUCCAUAUAACUUGCAUUUGGACGCUGGGCUCUUCAAUCGCUCUUCGCCGGUCAAG